AUGUUGGAUCUGCUCAAGAACAAGCCCUUUGUGCCAGAGAACAAUGGGGAAGGAGAAAUUCACGCGAGAUACGACAAUCUAAUAGAAAAAGUUUCGGUGGGUUAUACGAUCCAAGUCACAUUUUGUGUGUUUUCUUUAUUAGGAACGACGUUGAUGGGUGAUUUUCAGUCGAAAAAAUUAAUGUUCCGCGCUUGGUUUCCUUUCGACAUCACCUCCUCGUGGUUUGCGUUCUCUAUGACGUUCCUCUAUCAGUUCGUGGGUUUAGUGAUCAUAUCCAAUGGUGUCUGUAUUUUCGACACGUUAUUCGCCGGCCUAUUGCUUCACAUAUGUUGUCAACUGGAGAUGCUGGUUUAUCGUUUGCACAAUAUCGAAGGAAAUGAAAUUCAAUCGAUAAAACACUGCGUUUGGCAUCAUAAUAAAAUAUUCAGAUUACGGGAGAAACCGAAUUAA